AGAGGGUGGACCCCGAGAGCCCACGGACGCACAGCUGUUCGGUGCUUCUUUUCUUUCUUAAGGCCUAGCCUCGAUUCGCUCCGAGGUCUGGGCCACGGUGUGUUAUCGCCUGUGUAAGCCACAAAGAAAACAAUCAGUCCGGAAUGACAAAAGUCCCAUGGCACAAAGUCAAGAGGCAGCUUGGUAUUUUUGUUUACUAUACCUUCUGGAAGCCCCAGGAAGAGUGGAACACCCCAGAAAUGGGCAUCUGGGAGAGUCCAUUCAUUUAUCGGCCAGACAAGAGGAAGCAAGCUUGGAGGUUCAUCUCUUACAUGAUGGUGCAUGUUGGGUUCCAGCAUAUUUUUGGAAAUGUACUUAUGCAGCUUCUUUUGGGGCUUCCCUUGGAAAUGGUUCACAAAGGUCAUCGAGUGGGGCUGGUCUACCUGUCAGGAGUGUUUGCAGGAUCUCUUGGAAGUUCUGUCUGUGAACCUUUCCAAGCUCUAGUGGGGGCUUCAGGAGGAGUCUAUGCUCUCACAGGAGGCUAUUUUAUGAACAUUUUAGUGAAUUUUAAAAACAUGGUUCCUUUGUUUGGAUUUUUCAGACUAACGCUCAUCUUGUUCAUUUUUGUAUUUGACAUGGGAUUUGCCUUCUUCAGAAAAUUCAUGGCACCUCCAGAUGGGUCCCCGGUGUCCGUUGUAGCUCACAUUGCUGGUGGCUUGGCUGGGAUGACUGUAGGUUUCACUGUAUUUAGCUGCUUUGAAAAGGAGUUGCUGAAAGACCGGAUGUUCUGGGUUACAAUCAUUGGCUAUUUUGUUUGUGUUUUACUUGCUGUGUUUUUUAACAUCUUUUUGUCACCAGUAGACUUCCUCUAAGAUAAUUCAAUUAAAAAAAAACCCCACUCGUGAGAACACAAAGACAUCUUUGAAAGGCAAAGGGGAAUUCCAUUAACUGUUUAUUUUGUCUCCUUCACUCUGUUCCUCGUAAGAACCUCUGUUUGGAAGGCAUAUAUAGAGGCUCCAUAACAAGGGAAGGGAGGACUUAGAUAGCCCCAUUAUGCCUCCUGGGUGGCAGUACAGUUUCCUGGAUGUAAAGGAGAAGGGCUCUUUUUUUUUUUCUUUAUAGGCAAUUGGGGUUAAGUGACUUGCCCAGGAUCACACAGCUAGUAAGUGUC